AUGCCUCCACCAAGAGGCACUUUGUCACGAUCAAACACGUUGCCUUCGUCAUUUCCCGGAAAAGAAAAAGAAAAAGAAAAAGAGAAGGACAGAGACAAGGAAAAAGAGGAAAGUACUAGUAAAAUCUCGGUUGUUGGCGCUUCCGAUUCUCGGGGAUUGGAUGCCCAGUUCAGCUUGCUGGAACAAACUUUUGCAGCUUAUAUCCUCUCUCUGCAGUCUCGAAGUGGAAACAUCCUGGGCCGAAUGCUUCGUGCCAGAGAUAAUGCCGACCGGGCACCGGUCAAUGAGCUCUACAACAUUUUGCUCGAAGACCCAAGCAAGAUCCAGGCUGCCGCCGAAGUGCCUGUUGAUACGUUGUUUGUUGCAUUUGAAACCUUCUUGGCGAACGCAUGGAAAAGAAGCAUGGGUCCCGUUCUGAGCUCUUCUUCUUUGAAAUGGGUCCAGAGCCAGUUUGACACCAUGAUCCCCCGCGACUUUGACGAGCAAUUCCGCAGAUUCCUUUCGGAAAUGAGUCCGCAGAACAGACGAGCGCUAGCUGCAAUCAUUCGGCUGCUUGCUGAGCUGCUCGAUGCAUCAGGGAAUGAUGGGGAUCGUGGUGCCCUGACCAUGGCGUUUGCUGAGGUAAUAACGGAAGACGGAGAUCCUAUCCAUCACGUUUCUCUUUUGGAUCGACUGGUCGAUGACUUUGACAACCUCUUCGAAGACUUCAUCCCCGGUGGCACUUCAGUGGAAGGAACCCUAACUGUCAAUCAAUCGAAGACCUCACAUGGCAAUGCCGGAUCUGUUGGCUCUAAUUCUUCUUCUUUCCGCAAACGAUUCGGCUUUUUGCACAAGGACACUUCAAAGAGCGAGAAGAGUGAAAAAGGUGAAGGAGAAAGCAAGGUUGCUUCAAUUCUACGGACAUUAAGCAAGAAACAAAGCCCAGCUGGCUCAGAGCCCAACACUCCGAAAGGCUCCCUGAUACGAUCCAAGUCGACCGAUGUGGACGCCCGGCUGGGAUUCCUUCGCCCUACAUCCCGCGAUCGCCCCUACGGCUUUGCAUCUGAAGAAACUAUCUCAAGACCAGGCACUGGCUACGAAAUGCCUCCAUCUUUGUCCUCUGUCCGAGGAAUAUCUGAUGAUGGUGUGCCCAGAGUUCGUAGGAAGCGCAGGAGCUCACUGUCGGACCUAAGACCAAAUACGGCAUCCUCAGAUUCAUCCAACAUCUCUCCCACUCAGCAACUUCGUCCGGUAACACCCUCUAGCCGCCCACGAGGAGAGGUUAUUACACCUACUAGACAGCCCAGGCCUCAGAGCAGCUAUAUUCCAGCAUCGCCUGCACGUGGCAAGUCACCGGCGAAAUCGGGUUCACCAGUACGAUUAGGAUCACCCAUUCGCAGAAUGUCUCCCAAUCGACCUUCUACACCGAGCCGGAAGGAGAACAUUGAUCCUAAGACACCCUACACGGAGAGAACAUCCAAAUCCCGAGGUAGUGUUUCACAAUCGCCUGCCGACGAAAAUAGACGAUCUCGUGCGUCUGGUAUUCCUCAACGGGCGCCAGGCCUUCGAGAGCGCCCGACAACCAACGGCUCCGAUAGCAGACGGCCACAGCCAUCGUCUUCUUCGCAGAAGCCGAAAAUACGGAUGCAGAGUCCACAAAAGCUACGCGAUCGUGUGCAGCAGGAAAAGAAGGACCAAUCAGCUACUCAAUCAGGCUUCAAAGAUGAGCUCACGGCACUUGGUGACGAAUUACGAUCUUUCACGUUUGCGUCAACGAAACCGCUCGGUUUAGACUUCAGUAUGGACCGCACAAACAGCUGUCCAUCUUCUGAUAACAAUGCAGCUCUUGAAGCUCGCAUGCGCACCCUCGAGGCCCGGUUCGAUAUGCUUAGUGGAGAAUACAAUGGCCGCACAACUGCUCUUGAAAAAGAUUUGGAGUCGUCUUUGAUUCUCAGCGAGCGACGCGUGAAGAAACUCGACGAGCUUUAUCGCGAAGCGAGCGCCGAAAACGAGGCGCUUUAUGAUCGCUUCAAUACAGAACUCAGCAAGAUUGCCAAGGAAGUUCGAUCAGGAAACGGAGAGGACUCCUUGAAAUCCCAGCUGGCAAGUGCUCUAGACGAGAUCAACCGGGUUAAGAAGGAGAACUUCCGACUGAAACGAGAAGUUGGAGGCCUUCGCGCCCAGCAUGCCGCUGCUGCACUGGUCAAGGCGAGUGAACAAUGA